GAAAGUUUCCUGAACGCGCUCAAAAUGCCCUCGUCGACUACUGGGACUAAAAGCGGCGGAAAACUUCAAACUUCUUCUCCUCUCGUGAAGAAGCAGCGCACGGGCUCCAAGCCGGGAGCCAAGCCUACUGAUUCAUCUCAGGAUUCGACACAAUCUGUCAAAAGUGUGAAAACGAAGUUCAAGCUUUCUUUACUCCCUUCUCUCCCUCUUGAUGUCUUGUUCGAGAUUUUUGGGCACCUUCACCCACUGGAUAUACUGAACCUCUCGCGUCUGACUCGCGCGUUUCGUGCAAUGCGUGAGAUUUUUUUUAACUUAUGUUCUCCCAAGCCUGUCCUUGAAUUGUUUGGGAGUGAUGCGCCGGUCUGCGACGUCGAUAUGGAAGGCUGCACUUCGAGAAGUCGGGGGGCUGCCUCCAUGUCCACCCGAUAUGAGCUUGCCCUUCUACGUGAAUCUGAUGUUCAGCCAGCAUUGUCAUGUAUGCCCUCCUCGUGCAAUGCUCGCCCGCUGCUCACGAUUCGUUCUCGAUACCAGAACUGUCUUAUUGCGCGAGUGCUGCGUGUCGACUAUGUUCUGCGUGUUCGACUGUGCGAAGCCUGCAUCAGAACUCCUGGGGUGCUGGACACGGACAACGAUCUGAACACGGAGGCAGAUGCAACAGAUCAAGCGAUUCUCGCUUGCGUAGCUUUUAGCAGCGCGUUCCGCAUUCCUAAGAUGAAGGGUCUCUGUUGUCUGCCCCAGGAGAGGAAAGCUUUCGUCUCAGGACUGGGGCUCCGGCACACCGCAGCUGAACGUUCGGCCUACGUGGAUGAUCGCGAACUAGCUUUGCAAUCCCGCAAACAUUUUGCGAUUGCUUGUGAACAGUGGGCCGAGUCGAUGUCACAUCAACGCUGGGACCAGUUGCAAGGCAUUCGUGAUCAACGGCGAACUGACAUCUCUGAGAAACUGGCCAGCUUGGGCUUCACUGAGGAAUUGGAGUAUGCUGAAGGCAUCAACUAUCUCACUCUGCCUCCGUUGGACCAAUUCGCAGAUCAUCCAGACGUGAAAGUCAAUAAACCACUCACCGAUCGUGCUUGGAAAACGAUCGAGCCGCGUGUUGUUGCGUACAUGGAAAAAGUGCGCACUCACCGUUUGGAUGCCGAACGUCUCCAGGUUGUCCGCAAGCGAGAGGAGAUGGCAGUGGAAGCCUGGGCUGCUUUUCGCUCGCAGAGUCCUGCCGAAAGAUUGCUACCCUCGGGCAUCGAGAUCAUCUCGUGGCCGAUCAUCAAGGAUGUCCUUGAGCUUCCCUCGUCAAUACCUAUGCAGACUGACGAGAUCGUUUGUCGGGAAGAGUCAUCGGAAAUUACCGCUAUCACUCCCGGGACGUUCACGCGCAUCUUUUCGUCGUCCUCUGGCCUGAUCGACGACUGGGCGUCGGACAAACUAGAAAAACUCAAUCGCCUCAAUGUCGCUGUCAAGUACGACUUUGUCCGGGGCUAUGGUCGCGUCCUGAGCACGGCUCUAGAUGAUCUCCAACUUGCAAUCAGCGUUUUCAGCUGCGAAGACAAAUGUGCACUGCACUAUUUUCUCCCGCCCUACGACGCUGGCGCCUAUCCAGUGAUGUGGUACCCCGAGUGCUUGCACCAUCCUUGUAACACAGCAACUAUCCGACGGCCGCGCGCCGAGGAGGAUCUCCCAGAGAAUCCGCUCUACAAGGCCAGCGAUGGGUUCUUUGGGCGACGGAGAAGAACAUGGACGUGCAAGAAUCUCUUCCUCAACGAAAAGGCAUCGAAGGCGGUUGAACGCUUGCUAGACGCCUGCGGCUUGAGCAGAUAUACGACCACGGCGAAGCUGGAUGAGCUGGAUGAGCGAUUCAUCUGUCUCAAGUGCAGCUUUGGAACCAAAUGCGACGGACAAAUGCCUAGGUUGGUCAUGUCGUGGCGCAUGGCGGUACAGCACUGCAUGAAAGUCCAUUGGGGAGACGGAUCAGUCAAUUGGGAACGUUUGUCCGAGGAAAGCACCCGAGAAGCCAGGUCCCUCUCCACGGCCAAAGCAGUGGUACAAGAAAAGUUCUGGCGAUGUGCGUUAUGUCGCUUCUCUCCUGCCGAACGGUCUAGUUGGGCCAGCCCGGACGAUGUCAAACAGCACAUCACAAGGCAAGUGAUCUCGGUCGCCUAG